AUGUUACCGUCGUUCUUACGAUCUUUACCUCGGCUUGGACGGACAUGGAAGCCCCUCAAUUUCCCCAACGCGAAUUUCCUCCCGAUCUCUCUCAGUCAAAAAGUUGAAGAAGAGACUAUGCCAGACUAUGUUCCUUCUCGUUAUUAUCCUGCUCGGAUAGGUGAGAUUCUUAAGGAACAAUAUCAAAUUGUCGGGAAACUGGGAUUCGGAGCUAGCUCGACUGUGUGGCUUGCGCGGGAUAUGAAUUAUCGUCGAUAUGUUACCCUUAAGAUCUACAUUACAUCUGCAUCUCUUGGACAGCAAUUGGAUGACGAGCUCAACAUGUACAGAUGUAUAGAGAGGGGCUCGAAAAGCCACCCAGGUCGUGGCGCUGUUAGAUCGUUACUUGACUCUUUCGAUAUUGAUGGACCUGGCGAUAAGCAUCGUUGUCUGGUACAUCCUCCUUUAUGGGAGAGUACUUUGACCUUUCUGCAUCGUAAUCCGGUGCAAAGACUACCUGUGCCCGUCCUGGCAUUCAUUCUCAAGCGCGUUUUCUUGGCGCUCGAUUACUUACAUACGGAAUGCCAAAUCAUACAUACUGAUAUUAAGGCCGACAAUAUUAUGUUCGGCAUUGGUGAUGAUUCUGUCUUUGAGGACUUUGUUGAGGAAGAGCUUCAGACCCCUUGUCCGAGGAAAGAGCUUGAUGGCAGGACCAUUUACGUAUCCCGGGAGCUCGGGAUGCCUAAGGAAUGGGGUGCCCCGGUCCUUUGUGACUUUGGCUCAGCUAUGCCUGGUGAUGUUGAGCACCUCGAGGAUAUUCAACCUGAUAUUUAUCGGGCACCGGAAGUGAUCCUCGAGGCCCCGUGGACGUAUAGUGUUGACAUCUGGAAUGUUGGUUGCAUGAUCUGGAAUGUGUUUGAAGGCGGAUCCCUGUUCACCGGAUACGACCCAGAAUAUCAGACGUAUCGAAGUAGGGCCCAUCUCGCAGAGAUCAUUCGCCUGCUUGGACCUCCUCCACCCAGUCUGCUUGCUCGAGGCAGACUAAAGCACAAGUUCUUCUCUGAUGAAGGUGAAUUCUGUGCUGGUAUUCCAUUGCAAGAGCCAAUAUCGCUUGAGCAGAGGGAAACGACCCUUGAAGGGCAGGAAAAGGCCGAUUUCUUGCGCUUGGUGCGGAAGAUGUUGCAGUGGGACCCUGCUCGGCGUAGCUCAGCGAGAGAAUUGUUGGAGGAUGAAUGGAUUUGUAGGCAUACUCGCAAUUGA